UGUCAGAUCCAUGGUCGGUGCGCGGACAGGACGAUCGCACGCGAAGCGAGGCGCCAUAUUGACAAGAGGUUGCGAGUGCGUCCGAAUGUGUGACCUGCAGUGUUUACGCGGUAUUUCCGGGUAAAAUCCGUGAUACAAGUUGCGCAUCGAUCCCGUGGCUCGUUGUCUGGAGUACGCACGGCUUGGUGCCGACGGUGCAUCGUGACGCGCGUGCCACCCAGACGGGCGUAGCAGCGCUGUCAUGAGCGACAGCCACGGCGAGGACGGUCGACGCGAGAAGAGCACUACCACCACCACUACUACCACCAUCAACUCCAACACCAUCAUCACCGCUACUACCACCGCUGCAGCCACUAUCAUUAGGGAAAACAACAUAGCGAUGAUGGGUGACGACGGUCCCGCGGCGACGGCGGUGAAACGACGGAGCAACGAUGACGCCGUCGCCGUCGGCAACCGCAACGAUCUCGCGCGGACGCGCCGGGACACGGACGCGCCGAGCGACCACGGGAACGGGGACGCUCGCGUGUUCCCCGCGGUCGCGGGCUACGAUCCUACCGGGUGUGGGACAACCGAUCAGCGUGUGAUCGAUGCAUUUAUUAGAGGCGCGAGAGUAGCUGACGAAGAUCGUCGCAAGUCGUCUCUUGUAAGCACUGACGCGUUCGCCAAAUUGUAUUCUGCAGCUGCUAUGGAUAGUCAAUCACGCCUUGGAAAAGAGUCGUGCUCCUGUGAUAAUACAGCAGACUACAAAGCUAAACGAGAUAUGUUUAGAGAGGAGUUACAAAAGGCUAUGAAUUUUCAAAACCUAUGGACAGAACUGCGACAGUAUAUACGUACUGAUUUUAAUGUCGCUCUGGAAACUGCUCAUAUAUUUGAGUCUCCAGAAUCUCAUCAUGGCAGAUUCACUACUAACAUGCACAACACUGUUAUGCAAUUAUGUAAAAGAGAUUCUCAUCAACUUUUCAUGAGAUUAGUUAGCCAGGCGCAAGAAUUUGUGAUAGAAGUAAAAAUUCGUUUGUUCGCUCUUUUACAUGAUCGUAGUGUGAAUUUAGCUGAAAUUUUUCUCACUGGUCUCCUAAAUGAUUAUGAUGCUCUCGUGUCGACAGCGAUACUAAUUUCUGAAUUAGUAAAACCAUUAAAAAAGUGCCUCAAUUUUAAUUUAACAUGGGACUGUUUCAUCAAAAAGUUAUAUCAGAUUUAUGUAUAUAAUGAUGCUUUAGUGCAAAAUAAUUUACCGACGUUUAUUAGCCAGCUGAGAAAAUUACCAUUAAAAGGCUCCAAAUAUCAAGCUCUUGUCCAUAGAUAUAUAGCUUUUGAUGACGAGAUGACGAGAAUUGGUAAUUUAUGGCCUGAAACAGAGCCAUGGAUGGAUAAAUAUAAUGCAGAACAAGCUGUUCGUAUGACGAGACUUAGACAAAUUAGAGAUGCUUGGGAAUUGUUCACGACAACGCGGAAACUUAUGGAGCGUAGCAUGUUAAAUAAAACGCCUGAUAUUGGAAAUGAAAUGCAAGAAAUCCACGGACAAUUUUCAUCGCUUAUUGCGCAUACAUCAGGAAGCGAUAGUCCACCGUUAAGUCCAGUAUUGGACUUUAGUUCAGAUUCCAUAACUAUGCCAUCGAGCAUAGAGAUAGUUCAAAUAUUGUUAGAUGAUUGGAAUAAAGCUCAGCAUCAAAAAUUAGCGGAUAUAGCUGGGGCAUUGACUGCUACCGAAGUAGAUGCCGCUGAUCAAGGCGAUUCCAAUUAUGAUUAUACACGUGCGACGUGUCAGUUAGCGCAAUAUGCCAUCAGAUCGGUCAGGAGUCACAAUGAUGACGCUGGCGACACGGAAAAUGGGUUAGAAAAUGGAAAAGGAUGCGAAUGUCAUAUGUGUAAUGACACUGGAGUAGACCAUACGGAUGUGCAAUGUAAGGAUGAAACAGUCGAAAAAGAUGAGACAAACUCCUUUCCAUCCCUUAGUAACGGAUUUUCAGAAAUACCUACAAGUUGUACAAUGAUGCAACUCAAGGAAAAAUUAGUUAAUUCAAAUAACGAGGAGAAAAAGAAGAAAGACUUGGGCAUAUGUGACACUUUGCACAAAUAUACCAACUCGAAGAUAUCUGAAUCAGAACCUUGUUUAUGUGUUUAUCAACACGCGCAGGAAAUAGCGGAAAGGAAAAAGGAGAUUCUGGAAAGUCCACCCUGUCCUUGUCUGUUGAAUUCAAGACGCAAGUGGGAUAUAUGUCCUUGUUUGCCUAAAUCCAUACCCGAAACGGUUGUAACAAACGGUCGUCCCAAAGCGACUUCGCCGACUUCUGUCGUGAAAGCUAAUACAGAAUCGAGUCAGAAACCCGCCGUAAAGACCGGUUCCACGCAAUCCGCCCAAACUCAAACGAGGCAUUCUACAACGCAAACUCACAGCAUGCAUCAGGGUAAUACUCAUUCGCACGCCCACGGACCGCUACCGGAUCUAACAAAAAACACAGGUCCGUGUUCUCACCCCAGACUUCGUCCGCUUAAUCAUACACCGCAUGCGUGCCACAAGCAAGCCAACGUCGAACAUAUCAAGAGAAUGUCGUGUAAUGAUUUGAGUUCAGGGGAUGGAGACUGUUCAGAUUCUGGGAGUAGUCAGGAGGACUCGUGUUCAACUAGUAGCUCUGCUCAAAGAGACGCUAACGUGAGACACUGCGACUGUUGUUACUGUGAAGUCUUCGGUCAUGGGAUGCAGUCGGUCGCGCCGGUGAGUCGAAAUUAUAAGGAAAUGCGGGAACGAUUGCGACAACUUUUGACGAAGAAGAAAGCGAAAAAGUGCAAGACUGUGGUAGCCGAAUGCAGUCCGCAAAAAAGUCCGUCGGAAUCAUCAAUUUCUAAUACCAACUCCGAAUCCAAGACCGUGACAAACUCGAUCCUCAGAUCGAAUACUCCAAUUCUGACGCCGUCCACGGUCCAGUAUAAUCAACGAGAUCAGCGAGAUCUAGAGGAGUUGUUGGAAUUCAUCGAAGGUAAUCAGAGCGGAAAGAAAGACAACAAAAAAGCCGAAAAGAAAGCAAGACAGAAACAACGAAAGCUUGAAGAAAAGUUAAAAAAGGACAGGCAAGAAGCGGAAAGACAAAAAUUAAUAGAAUUACAGAAAAAGACACCAGAAGUGACGAUCACUGUUGUCGAUCCUCAAAAACCUGUACCUCAAAGGUUAUUGCCUCAAUGUAAUUUACCAGAAGUAUCCAUUUUGCCAACAUCACCAUCAGCAUCUUUACCUACGAUAAAACAACAGUUUAAUAAUAGAAAAAAAGACAAGCAAGAAGUUUGUAGCAAUAGUAAUAAUAACUGUGGUAGCAAUAGUAUUACUAAUUUGAGUAACAAGACAAAGACGAUGUCUGCAAACUCAAAUGUGAAAAAUAAAAGUAUUAAUAGUAUGGAAAAAUGCGAAGUGCGAAAUACGAGUUCUAGCCAAGGGAAUAAGAAUAAUGGAAAAACUGAUAAAAUUGAUAGCAAUAAAGGCAGCAAGCCACCAGCAAGUAUUAAUAUUACGAAAAAUAGUCCGAAUAAUAAUGCAAAUAAAUUAUCUGACAUCAAUUUACUUGAUAAAAAAUUGACGAAAAAAGAGAGAAAAAAAUUAAAGAAAGAAAUGAAAAAAUUGGAAGAAGCGAAAACGAAGGAAACUGAGAGUGCAGCGCACACAGAAUCUCAACCGCAAAUAGUUACUAUUAGGAGAGAAAUAAAUUCGAACAGUGCUGAACCUACAGUCACGAUUACUCUGAAGGGUCAGACUCCGGCUGAGGAUAAAGUUCUAUUUACGUUAGUAAAUGGACAAACUAAAGAACCUUCUCACAAAUCGGAGCAAGAACAAAAUCAAUGUAAUAAUGGAAAAAAGAAGAAAGUUAAAGCGAAUAAUAACAGUAAUCCCUUACAACAAGGAAAUAAGUUACAGCAAUCAAAUAAUUCGAAGCAACAAAUUCAGAUUAAAGCUAGUGACGGUAAGAACAUGAAACAACAAGCAAACAACGAGAAAUCGAAAAAUGGCAAGCAAGUAGACGAGAGGAAGGUCCAGCAGCAAAGUAUCAAUGAAGGUAAAAAUUCCAAAUCAAAGAAAGAUAAGAGAAACACAGAAAACAAGGAAAAUGUGUUGCAGCAACAAAACUCGAUGAAUAAGAGUAAGAAUCAACAAAACAUGACCAACAAAAAGCAAAAUAAAACAAAUACCCCUCCUCCGACGCCGGUGUCACAGAAACAGCAACAGAAUCAGAUUAUAGGUGAAACCACGACUAAUAAGAAGGUAAAGAAGCAACAGCAACAACAAGAUAAAAAUCUACAAUCGAACACCAGUAAGAGCAAUAAAAAUAAUAGCACCAAUGCGAACAAUAAGAACGUGUCGAAUAAGAGCGAGUCUCAAAAAACUAGUAAUGUAAAUAAAAUCAAUCAAACUACCAUAAGUAAGCAACGUGCAUCGGAAGUCCAAAAUACGUGUUCCGAGCGAGUUAGUUCGCCAUCGCUUAGCAGUCAAUUUAAAGACAUCGGACCGAAUUCCAAAAUCAACAUCGAAAAUCUCAAAUUACCACCGGGUAUUACGAUCACGAAGGUUGACGCGCCACCGAAACCGAUUCCAAUCAAAACGGCCCCUUUGCCGAAACCAGUAAAUCCGCCCAAACAAACUACCAUCAUCGCCGCACCGAUGAGCGGCGUUCAGUCGAGUUACGCAAAUCCACAGGCAGGUGGGAAUGUCAUAGUGGUGGACACGGGCAAACUCAAGCAAGACCUGCUACCGAAAGGUAAUGAGAAAGAUUCGUCGCAGUCUCAAAAUACUGCUACUGGAAAGAAAAAAAAGAAGAAAAAUAAGAAUUCAGGAAAUGCAGGAAACAAUACGACAGUCGCAUCGCCGGUGCAAAACAGCGAUAGCACAUUCGCGAGUGACCACGUAAUGGACGAACCGGCGAGAAUAUUGCACAAUCCCGGUACGAAUAUGGUGACGAUCAGAAAUCCAUCUUUCGGGCCGAUGAAAGUGCCACCGACACAGCAAGCUGCGAUCAUUAAAGUUUCGGAGAACGGCAUGGUGACGAUUCGAAGUCCGGCUUUGCAGCAGGCGAUCAAUGCGGGUCUGACGUCACCGCCUAAGCCGGAUUAUAUUGUCAAGGGUGAUUUAUCGUCGUCGCCAUCGUCACUUGUAAGCAGAACGACGACGACGACGACCGACUGUGGUCAGCUGAGCGUGAAACACGCGAACGGCGUCAUCUCAUCGAGCUUGGCCGAAUUGCGCAGCCGGUUGAACGCUCAGCCAGAUUGCGCCUCGUCCUUAUCCGAGCUUGCUAACAUUCAAAUCAGCCAAAUGACAAACGGCCAAUCGAUACCGGAGAACGGCAUCAAUCUCAAGGGUACUAGCGUCACCUUGACAAAAGUAAGAUCCGAAGCAAGUAUGGAGGACACGCGGCAAACAUCAGCAAAAUGCGCUGCGGUAAAGGAAACGGCAAUAAACGCUACCUCGAUAACGACGACGAACGUUUAUGGCGGUGGAAAUAGCAGUGGCGGAAGCGGCGGCAGUGGCAGCGGUAGCGGCAAGAGCAAGAAAAAGAAAAAACGUGGAGGCGGCACAGGACAGUGCGGAGAUGACUUGGACCUCGUUGAGGUAUUCACGCCCAAAGAUAUAGACCUCGAUAACGAUGAGGAGAUGGACGAUGAUGAGCGCGAGCUGGAGGCCUUCAAACGGUUCUGCCAGGAAUCGAUACCGCCGCUACAUAAGGAGAAGGUCAAGCUCAAUAUCAAGGACAUCGUGCUGAAGAAGAAAUCAUCAUCGUCCUCGUCGUCGUCAUCAUCGACGUCGUCAUCGGCAGCGGCGGCGGCGGCAACCGCUGUAAUAGCGGCCAAUUAAUUUUGUAUAAUGAUUUGAAUAAUCAUUAUUACUGCGUUACUACAUGCGAUUACUGCCAUUUUCAAUGUUUCGACGCGCGGACACGAUCGCAUUGCGAACGAUUCGUGUCUUUGUCGACAUUAUCGUCGUCAUCAUCGUCGUCGUCGUCGUCGUCAUCAUCGUUGUUGUUGAUUCCGGGUUUUUACAGAAAGACAAGUAUGUAAUGCCUUCGUAGAUGAAUAUUUAUAUGUUAGAAGAAGAGAGAAAAAAAUGGAGGAUGACACUCCGAGCGAUGACGGAAUGAUUGUGUGACGAUCGGACGGUGUCACUGUAUAUGUAUAUCGCUAAGUUUAAUUAGAGUAUGUAAGUUUCCUUCGCGACGGGACGAGGAAUUUCUCGUGCGAGAAACGUGUUUCGAAGCGUUGUCUCUUGGACGAAAGGUCAACGGCAUUUGUAAAAAAAAAAAAAGACUCGAUCUCGCCGACACUUUAGGAUUAAGUACAAUUGUAAAAUUGAACACGAAAAAUGUCGUUUAAAAAGACAAUGUCAGAAGACGCAUGCUUGCAGCUUCACAAAGUUUCGCACCAGCGAAAGUCGGGACCCUUAUGUCCGACACAAAUGCAUACACAUACAUGUGUGAUGAUAGGCGAAUAGACACAUUGUUCUCCUCCCUUCCUUUCCUUUCUUUCUUUCCUUUAAAGUAGUUACGCGUUUCUUAGAGCGUCUAUAUACAUAUAUCAUCUCUAUGUGUCUCUGUAUUUACAUUCUCCUUGUAGGAGUAGUCUGUAUCCGUAUUAUUAAGUAGUUUAUAUUAGCGUAGAACGCACGCCGAGAAGGUUUAUAUAUAUACAUAAUGCAACAAAUGUACGUCGCAAUGUUUCUUAUUGUAUUGUAAUUAAAGUACUUUUUAUACGGUACAAGACUGGGCGUAUGGAGCGAUAAUCUAUUAUUUUUUUUUUAUGUAUAUAAACUUUGUUCUCACAUUGGAAUCAAUAGAGAAUAUAUGUGAGUGUGUGUACGUAUCUUACAUACAUAAAAUGUACACAUAGAUCAUUGCCGUGAUUUACAUUAUUGUUUAUUACAUCAGUAAAUUUUCUUCA